GGUUUGGGUAGACUUCGCUGGUAUUGUCAAGUUUGUGAGAAGCAAUGUAGAGACGAGAAUGGCUACAAGUGCCACACACAAUCUGAGAGCCACUUAAGAGCGAUGUUACACGUCGGUGAGAACGCUGGCAAGUACAUUUCAGACGCUUCACAACAAUUUCAAAGAGAGUUCGUCAUUUUGUUAUCAAGAAGGCAUGGUACAAACCGUGUAUCUGUAAACACCGUCUAUCAAGAAUACAUCGCUGAUAAGCAUCACUUACACAUGAACGCCACACGUUGGGUCACGCUCACAGAAUUCACGAAGUACCUCGGUAGAGCGGGUAUCGUCAGAGUAGAUGAAACUGAGAGAGGUUUAUACGUUAGUUGGAUAGACAACUCACCUCAGGCUUUAGCACGUCAGGAGGCCAUACAAAAGAAAGAGAGACAGCACAUGGACGAUGAACAGCGCGAGCGUAAAUUAAUCGCUGAACAAAUCGAAAAAGCA